AUGUUUCUCUUGAUCCUAUAUGCCUUUCUCACCGCCGUAGUGGCCCGUAAGCUGUCGGCCGCCAUCUCAGUCUACCGCUACCGCAAGGUGCAUGGACUUCUUCUUGCUCGUCCCCUAAACCAGAAGGGAGACGUCAUCGGGUUCUCGCUGUUUCGGGGCAUGCAGAAAAGUGCACGGGAGGGGUUAUCAUUGCAGCGCCACUAUGAGAACACCCAGCAGCAUGGACCGACGAUUUCCGCCGUCCUCCUGGGCAAGUCAUUUAUCUCGACAUCCGACCCCGAGAAUAUCAAAGCAGUCUUAGCAACCCAGUUCCAGGACUUCAACCUGGGAGAGCGCAACGAUGCCUUUGCGCCUUUCCUCGGCCGGGGUAUCUUCACCGAGGAUGGACCGGAAUGGGAGAGAUCACGAGCGCUCAUCCGACCCAGCCUUAGCAAGGCCCAGGUCGCGGAACUGCCGAUCAUCGAGCAACACGUCCAGAACCUCCUGAGUCGCAUCCCCGGCGACGGCUCGACUGUGGACCUGCAGCAGCUCUUCUUCAACUUCACCCUCGACAGCGCGACUCAUUCUCUACUAGGUCAGCCCGUCGGAUUCCAGCUCAGUCCGGCGGGCUCCGAGGCCGAACGGUUCUCGCGCGCGUUUGACGAUGCCCAGGCCUUUCUUCAAGUGCGGGCUAAGCUCGGUCCCUUCCGUGGCUUAGUGAGGAACAAGGCCUUCGAGGUAAACUGCCAGCUAGUGCAUUCAGCUGUCGACCGCUACGUGUCUGAGGCACUUGGCCGAUCGGCACGGCCAAGGAGCGAAGACGGCAAGCCGGGCAGCAUGCGGUAUGAUCUCUUGAGCGAGCUGGCCAGCACAAUGACAGAUGGAACGCAGAUCCGCAACGAGCUGCUGAAUGUGCUGCUGGCGGCGAGGGACACAACGGCAAGUCUCCUGAGUAGCGUCUUCUUUAUGCUGGCUCGUCACCCGCGCGUCUGGUCGAGACUACAACAGGAGGUUGUCCAGCUCGAAGGGCAACGCCCGACGUAUGAUAAACUCCGGGAGAUGAGGUAUGUACGUGCGGUGCUGAAUGAAGCACUGCGCCUUUUCCCUCCUGUGCCCACUAACAUCCGGUGCGCAACGCGCCAUACCUCACUCCCUCGGGGAGGCGGCGUUGACGGAUCGCAGCCCGUGUUUGUCGCAAAUGGAACGAUCGUACACUACUCCAUCUGGACGAUGCAUCGAUCGACGGCCAUCUACGGUUCCGACGCCGAGGAGUAUCGCCCAGAGCGCUGGCUGCAGGAGAGCGAUGAGGCCCCGUUGAGGCCAGGUUGGGGUUUCCUUCCUUUCAGUGGGGGACCACGAAUCUGCUUAGGACAGCAGAAGGCGCUUACUGAAGCCGCCUACGUGGUGAUUCGGAUGCUGCAAACGUUUGCCACUGUCCAAAGCCGGGAUCAGCGGCCGUGGCGGGAGCAUAUGGGUUUGGUCUUGAGCAGCUUCCAUGGGGUGCAGGUGGCCUUGCGGUAUGUAGAGGGAUGA